AUGUCCUCCACCUAUUGGAAUGACUUACUGGCUAGCGGUAAGAAUAAGAACGUAGCCGCUGUUGUUGCUCAUUCCAAUGCUGAGAAGGACAAAACAGAUUUGCAUGCAUCUCCGCUUUCUCACACAGUGUCUUCACAGUUUGCAUCUGCUACUAGUACACUUAUUUAUUACCCCUUUGACAUGCUGAGGGUGAGAUUCAUGUCGCAGGACGGCACCACUUACCGACAGCACAAUGGACAGACAUAUCAUUCCAUCCGAAGGGCGUUGGUGACUAUAUACCGUGAGGAGGGUCCACGUGCGUUAUUCCGAGGUUGUCAUGUGGCUGUUUUGGGCUCUGUGGCCGCUUGGGGCAUAUACAUGUACACCUAUCGUUCGCUUUGUUGUAUGGCGGAUGUAUCAUCUUUUUUAGGCCGGACUGGCGUGUCAUACUUGGCAAGUCUUACAUCCACUCUUGUCUCUUCACCCAUUUGGUUCAUUAAGACACGCAUGCAGCUUGAAGAUGCAACGCAGUCGAGGAAUUAUGUCACAUUUAGGAAGGGACUUCGUCAUGUACUGCAAACCACCGGGUUUUGCUCACUUUGGCGUGGGGUCUCUCUGCAAAUGACUCUUAUCAUUCCCAACGCACUGAACUACCCUACCUAUGACUUUCUAAAGGAAAUAAUGCUGAGAACCCGUCUGGAGCAUUCCACUAAAAGAGGGGAGUUGACCGUCACGGAAACACUUGUAUGCUCCACCAUGACAAAGGUGCUCCUGUUGCUGUUAUCACACCCUAUCAUGUUUCUCAAAGUUCGUCUGCAGGAUCAACGUUGGAACAUGGGCGAUGUCAAAUACACCGACAUUCGCCAUUCCCUCCUCCUUAUCUUAAAGCGGGAGGGAACACGUGGAAUGCUACGGGGUUUGAACUCCUCUUUACUUCAUUCACUACCGCGCGCCGUCACACAUUACAUGCUGUAUGAAAAGACGUUAGGGGUUAUCAAUGGCUACAUCUGA